AUGUCCGUCAUGCUCGGGUCGCUCAAGCUCUGCCUCCUUGCGGCCCUGUGCCUGGGCGUGGGCUCAGAAACGCUGAGCGCGCGGGUGUGGCAGCCGUCGCGUCCGGACUUCCAGCUGCCCGAGAGCUUCGAGGGAAGCCUGAACCUUGAGAGCAAGCUGAACUUCGGCAUCGCUCUCGCUGGCGGCGGCAUGCGGGGCGGGGCGCUGGGCCACGGCGUUCUCCGGACGCUUCGGGAAGCUAAGCUGCUGGAGAAGGCAAGGUACCUGAGUGUGACGUCGGGCUCCGUCUGGCUCGGUCUCCCCUUGUACUACCAGGCGAUUGACACGGUGGAGGAGUACUUGGGACAGACGCUGCGACCAGAGGACAUGACGCCAGAGGCACUGAUACAGAAGACCGGCAGCGGGCUCCGGCGUUUGAGGCACUUCCGAAACUACCCCAAGGGCCACCAAGGACUCCCUGGAGAGCAGCUGCAGACGGAGCUGUUGGAGGAGAACGAGACAAGCCUGGAGAGCAUGUUUGGUUGUCCGGCGGACGAGGGCUGGUGCGCCUGCAUGGUUGAGCGCUUCCAGCCCGGGUCCUUUCAUGGCCUCUACUCCGUUCUCACUGCCUAUGCCUUCCUGCAUCCCUUCGAGCUUGCCGGAUGGGGCUCAACUCACUGCCACGAGUCGCAGCUGGAGCGCGUCAGACCGAAAUUCGGUAGUGGGAAGACCAUCUACACCUCGAAGGAUAUGUCUAGGAAGUUGCCCUUUCUCCUGUCUCAGUCUGCCAUCCUCGAGCCCUACACGGGCUUGACAAAGGAGGAUCCUCUCGUGUUCUUUCCCUUAGAGCAGACGCCCCUCUAUGCCGGGACCAUCCCGGGCUACAACGCAACCGACGUCCACCGCAGCAUCGGUGACGUGCUUGUAGAGCCCUUUGCCUGGGGAUCACGGGCCCGGAGUCCAUGGACGAACUUCAGCAACGGAGGCGAGCUCAGGAUGGAUGUUUCUCGUAGCUUCCUCAAUGUUGGGGACCUGGCUGCCUGGGCCGGCACCGCAACAUCCUACAUCGCGGACUUCCAGAUCCGCACAUGGGCCGACAAGAUCCCAAAGUGCUUGGUGGCAGAGGGCGAGAAGUUGCUGCCCCAUGCCAACUUCUGGUCACCGCUGGCGCUGGACUCCGAAGGGGUGCCUUUGGCUCAUGAGGAAGCAGUUGGAGACGCCGGCGUCUACGAUGACAUUGGGCACAUUCCUCUUCUUAGGAGGAAG